UUUUUACGUAAAACCCUGCAUAACCUGCAUCACUCAAAGAAACGUCAAUGUUCGGAUCAAUCACAUUUUUUUUCAUCUUUGCGUAAAAAAAUACAACUGUUGGCUAUUUUCCCUUCAGCUUAACAUGAAAGCAGGUUUUUCCGUGCCAAAUUCAAGUUAUGUCUCUGAACAGGCUGCAAAAGCUGCUUUUCUCCGAGUACUGCGACUUUGACGACAUGGUAUUGAUCGAGAGCCCCUUUGCUCAGACCACCAAGGAUGGAACAGGAAUCAGGCAGGUGCAUUUAGGUCUAACUCCAUCAAAGCUAGUGCUAGCUACAGACGUUUUGCCACCGGUAGAGUACGUCAAUGUCAAGUACACACCUGGCAUUGAUCCAGAGAUUGAAACAUUCGAACUGAUCGCCAUUUACCCGGUAGAAUGUGUCAAUCUGAGCGUGUACAAACGCAAACGAAGCCAAGCACUGAAAGCGCGCUUUUGCAACAAUAAGGUGCUGUAUUUUGAGUUAGGGGGGUUCGAGAAACGGGCUAUGUUCUGGAACCUUUGGUGUGAAAGGGUAAAGUUUCUCUGUCCUGGCGAUUCUGGGUCUUCGCGUUCUGAAACAAGUGUCGCAACUUCUACGACAGGUAGUACACUGUAUCUUAUGGAUAAGAGAGUAGUUUCUUCAAACGGGGUUAAACAGCUCUGGUACAAGUUCGGAUUCAGUUUCAACAGUACCCGUCUUCCUCCAAGCAUAAAAGGUAGUCAAAUUAAUAGGUGGACAGACAGACAUUUAUACCUAGGUAAUGAGUUCAACGGUAGCAAAGAUUACAUGCCAAUAAUGAACCACCCUUCAAAAGAAGAGUUUGUCAAACCAGCGAAAACAUUGAGACCGAGGAUAUCUAAGCCGCUGAGUUAUCUGGAAGAGAACAAUUUGAACAUCGGGGAUACUGUACAGGUGGUUUCAGAUCAACCGGUUCGGGUCGGGCGUGUACGAAGGCUGUCACACUGCUCUCUAUCUCACCGUAGACGACUACAAGCUGCCUCAAAGGUAUAGCCAGCUUGCGAUCCAGUCAACUGGUGGGACCACGCUUAGUGGGAGCGACUUGUCCGCAUUUGAUUUGGAAGCUGCAGCUGAAAGUGCUUUACUCAUCUGGGAAUUCUACAACUGCACCGACCCCAAUAAGUACAGGAUAAGACAUAAGAGAAGAUACGGACUCUCGACGCAACCCAUGGUACUAUACGGUCUUGGUACCUUUCAACUGUCACCAAGUAGCCGCAGUUCCCUACAGCUCAAACGAGCUGCUUCGGAAGUCUACCUCGUUGAUGAAUGCUCAGAAUUAUCAACGGAAUCUUUUAAAAUGCAGUUAACGUCUUCUCCCUCUUACCAGCAUUUAACCUCGCAAGGCAGCGUAAGGCCAAGUAUUUUGAAAAAUUCUCCCAAAUCUCCUGCGAUGUACUUUUGGACGCCGAAGUACCGAUAUCGACCUAAGCCAGCCAGAGAUUUUUAUCUGGAGAGGCAAAAGCAUCUCAAACUAUUGAAAGAUUUUCACGAAAGCAUUGCAAAGAAACGUAACAAAAGGAAAAAGAGGUGUUUCAGAAGAUGCAGAGAGACAGAUGAAGAAUCACUUGAAGAACUUUUUCCUAAGAAGCCUAGGAAGAAGUACAACUUUAUAAAUAUGUUCUCAAGUAGAGUAGAGGAAUUAUUCGAGUUGAGCUCAAACAGAAAUCCAAAAGAAACUCAUACUCAAUUCUUGAAGAGGAUGCUAAGGAUGGAUUUGAGUCUAACCAUUUGGGAUUUCAACUCUUCAACUUUAGCAGAACAACUGACUAUUAUACAUAAAGAGCUGUUUUUGAAAAUAUCUGCAGAGGAGCUAGAGUCUCUACUUCUGUGCAAGACUUCGAAAUAUGCGCCAAACUUACUGGCUCUGCUAACAUUUUCUGAAAGAAUAACGUGUUUAAUAGCCACUGAGAUUUUGAAAAACGAUACAGAAAAAAGCAGAGCGAGGCUGAUAGCCCGUUUGAUAAAUGUUGUACAAAAAUGUCACAAGAUUUCAAACUUCCAAACCUGCAAGACGAUCUUAAGUGGGCUACAAAGUCCUUCUAUAUAUAGAUUGAAAGAAACCUGGGCUUAUGUACGAAAAAAACAUGCCUCGAAGUAUAGGACAUUUGAAUUCCUAUGCAGGCUAUACCGAGACCCUAGAUUGAUAUCUUACCAAAAGGCUUUUUAUAUGAUUUCUUUGAAUCCGCCCUUUAUGCCAUACAUAGGUGACAUAUUAACAAGAUUAUUGAACAAGGUCCCGCAAUAUAGUUUCAAAGACAGAAGCAGGAGUGUCUCUCGAAAAUCCAGCUACGAAACUGUUGAAUCCAGCAACUUGAACCACCGAUUGCAGUCAGAAGCAGCAGAGAAGAGUACUUCGCUCUUUUCAAAAUUCAUACAAGUUUUCCACAAUCCGGAACCGAGCAUGGUACAAACUUCGCUGUCAAAAUCCGAGGUGGUAAAGAAAAAAAUACAUCGACAUAGGAAAGCGUCAAAAUGUAAAGGGUUAUGUGAGUACUAUGAGUCAAACGAAUGUGAGAGGUAUACUUUAGAGUCAUUAGUAGAAACUGUGGAGCUCUUAGGAAAAUGUCAGCUAGGUACCACUGGGUAUAACUUUAAGGUAAACGAGAUAGCAAAUAGUUAUCUACUUAAGGCAAGGUACCAGGACGAUAAGGAAAAUUUUAUUAAGUCUUUAAGUGUAGAACCAGCAGCAAAAUACCUUUAGGUAAAAUAAAUAAAAAUUGAUAAGCAACCUACUGUUUUUUUUUUGAAGUUCAUA